AGAUCAAGUUUGAUGAAAAUUACAAACAUCAAGUUUGAGAUCUAAAUUUCCAGUGUGAUGAUAAAAACCCUAAAGUAAUAGAAAGUGUUAACUUUCCAAUGCAAGAAAAUUUCCAAUUAUUGGCCAAUAUUUUGACAAAAGCUUAUCACAAAAAUAUCAAUAUAAAACCUUAAAAAAAUGGAAAGAAUUCUAAUUUUAAUGGUUCCUUUCCAGUUAAAACCACAUUUCAAAACAAUACAAAAGACAAGAAGCAAGUACUUGGAACCAAUAGCGAAUCAGGGGAUGAGGACGAUGAAAUUACUGUCUUUAAAAUGAAGCAACUGGAUUUUGAAGCUGCUGAAGUUUACUUUUAUGAAACAGAGUACUCUUCUUUUUUUUAUGAUGUUGAAGAUUAUGAAUUUCUGAUUGGAACAGGGGAUGUGAAGGGAGAAAAAUUACUUGUGAAAAUCAAGGAUUUAAAGAUAGUACCAAUAAAGCAAGAAAUUAGUGAUACUAUUUCUGUUUUACUCUCAGAAGAUACAAAAAUCAUCAGAAUAAAAGAGAGAAUGGUGUUGGUAGGACCCAAUGCUAAGAUCAAGGCUAUUCAGAGAAAAUUACAUACGAAAAUAGGAAAUGAAGAGAUGAAUACCCCAUGGCAAGAUGACAAAGACACUGAAGAUCAUUCCUCCACUCUUGGGGCUCCAUCUUAUGGAGGGGCAAGAGCCAAAGAUUUGACAAAACAAACAACUGGGAAUACUAGACAGAAAAAUCCAUUUCCUGUCAAAGGCACAACUAAUGAAAUAAUAAUAGGAAAAAGAAAUAUAUAUUCUUUAAAUGAUACUACUUUAUAUAUUGGCUGCACUGGAUUCGAAAUCUCUGUACACAAAGCAGACAUCACUAAACUUAGAGUUGACUGUAUUGUAAAUGAUGCAAACAGAUAUUUAAGACAUGGAGGUGGGGUGGCCAUUGUCAUUUCAAAAGCUGCAGGUUCCCGGCUGCAAGAUGAAUGUGAUAGGUAUAUAGAAGAAUAUAAGUCUGUUCAAGUCACUGGAGUGUUUGUAUCAACUGGUGGAGACCUGCCAGCCAAACAUGUCAUACAUGCUGUUGGUCCAAAGUGGGAUGAUUAUGUGGAUAAGAACAAGUGCACAGAUGAUCUGAGAAGAACAGUUCUCACUUGCCUACUGGAGGCCACAAACAGGGAAAUGUCAACUAUAGCUUUACCACCUAUAAGUGCAGCUAUAUUUAGAGUCCCACAAGAUCUAUGUGCUGAAGCUUAUAUGCAUGCUGUUAAAAAUUAUGAUGCCCUCGUACAACAUAUGAACUUGACAGCUUUGAAAGAAAUUCAUUUUGUUGAUAUAAAUGAUGCCAUGAUUGAUUCUAUUAAAAAAUGUUUCACAAAACAAUGGCAUACGGAGAAAAAAUGUAAGUUCUUUGAAGGAGAUUUAAAUUUUGCUGUUGCUUACAUGAAAAAGCAAAGUCAAGCUUCACAAGUUUCAAGAGAAAACUUGCCCAAGCAAGAUAAAAGAGGAAAGCAGAAUGGUGAUAUUUUUAGCUCACAUACUGAUAAAAUUGGCAAGGCAGCACAUAAAGCAGAAGAAGACAAAAGUGUCCUAUCAAAAAAACAUCCAAACAGUGAAAGAGUUUCAUCAUCACCCAAUUCUCAGUCUUAUAUGGUUCACUCAAAACCCCACAGGUUCGGGAGUUGGUAUCACUGGUUCGGCGGAGCAAGAAAGUCUGAAGCUGGAAGUGAUGUGCAGUUACCAAUAACAGUUACAAAUGAAAAGAUUUGUUCAUGCCAGAAUAAAGGAUUAGACAAUUCAAAAUAUUCAUUGUACACAAAGCAAGAUAAAGAUGAAUUAGAGUAUUCAUUUAAGAUACUGAAUGUAAAUCUGGGUGUUAGCUAUAAACAUGCAUUUGAUUUUAAACCAGAUUUGAUCAUAACAUUGGGUGAUCCUCAUGUUUUAUUUAGUGAACACAGCGACUACCACUCAGCAAAUCUAUUUAUACUUGACAUGGGUGAAAAGAUAAAAAAUGUACAAUCCCUAAAAUUAAAGAGAUCAAGUUUUGUGUUUCGGCUAGUAGUUGAUGAUGUAAAUCAGAUUUCCUUAACAGAAGCCUUUAAAAACCUGACUCAAGCAGUGAAUAUAAUAAAGGAAAAAGUAAAAUCUAUAGUUUUCACCAGCAACUUCCAUUCUAACCCUACAGAAACCCAUAACAAAAGUGUGCUUGACCCAACAGUUGCUAGCUUAUUUGCUCAACAUGUCUGUGAAUUUGCCAGUGAUGCUGCUAAAAAAACGAGUCCUUUAAGAGCAAUCACUCUUACCACAAAUAAGCUUGCAAUUCCAUUCAUUACAGACGUGUUUCAAGCAACAAACUUUAGAGAAAAGAUCAAGUUUGAAAAAGAUGAAUUAAAGGAUAUUUUAGAUCUAAAUUUCAAGUAUAAUGCUGAAACACCUGAAGUAAUAGAAAGUAAAGUUUUCCCAACAGAACAUAAUUUUCAAAGACUUUGCACAAUCUUGAUGAAAGCCUAUGGAAAAAAACACCAAUACAAUAAUGCAUCAGCAAAUUCCUCAAGAAACUUUCAGGAAAAUGAUUCAAUCUCAUACUUAAAUGAUUCUUUGCAAGUAAAAAUGGAUAGCAAUAUUACAGGAAAUAAAGCCUUUCAGAACUACACAGCUGUAGAAAAUGAAAGAAAUGAACAACAUCAUGAAUUUGAAGAUGGAGAUGAAGAUGUGAUGACUUACUAUCCAAUGCAAAAAAAUAUUUUUGAUGCAGCCCGAAGCUACUUCAGUGAAACAGAGUACUCUUAUUUUUUCAAAGAUGCCAUUGAUCAUGAAUUAAAGUUUACACCUAAGGAUGUGAAAGGAAAAGAACUACUUGUAAAACUUAAAAAUUUAAAGGUAGUACCAAUUGAAGAUGAAAAUGUUGAUGUAGUAACUAGUUUGGUGUCAAAUUAUACAAAAAUUAUCAGACACAAAGAAAAGCUGCUGUUGGUAGGACCCACUGAUGAAGUGAUGUCCAUUCAAAAAAAAGGUAAAGAGCAAUAA